AUGCAGCCUCUCCCCACAAUCGGCUGCUUCGUUGGCAGCGCUCUGUUUCUUCUGUCGGCAGUCUCGGGCAGUCACUAUUCCACAUGGCAAGCCUUCCAUGCCAAUGACUCCGAUGUGUCUCGUGGAGGCGGCAGGGCAGGGGGAGUUCAGGGGGGGGGGUCCUCUGGGCCAGUGAAUUAUGCGGGACAGCAAUUCUUUCAUCCCCGACAGCAGGGCAUGUAUGGAGCGCAUAGUCAAGGCGGUCCUGCCGAGCAGCCGGUGCGAGCUCCUGCGGCAGCCCCUAGCAACGGAGGCCCUGUCGUCAGGGGUUACUCUACCGCCGUCUCCCGUACCUCCCCACCCGUUCCCCCACCGCCGUCGUAUCGCCAUCCCCCCGCGUAUUCACAAGGCAGUAGUGUCUACGCGGCACCCCAGGGCGCUGCGGGUUACUCGCACGUCGGACCCAGUGCGGGGGCCCCUGCGACAGGAGCAGCGUACCUUUGGACUUCGAGCAGAGAUAACGUGUGGAUGCUAACAGCAGCAGGCAAAGCAAUGAGUUCAGUUCGACAGAAGCUGGGAAAUCUUUCUCGUGGCCUCGGGAUCAGUGUGCUGGGUGAUGGAGAUCCCCUUGAAAUCGUGUACGGCGAGUUCGUUCGCCUGGUGAGGAUGAUCAUUAGGCUCAGUGCAUUCUGUGAAACAGGUCAUCUUACGUCUUUGCUACCCAGUACAGUUUUGGGGUCUGGCACAGCGGAGGCACUUAGCUUAAGGGAGUCGGAGCGACAGGCAGCAAAAGUGAUUGCCAUCGCGAGGCCGGUGCUCCAGGAAGCUGCCGCGCUUGUAGAGCUUCUGUAUUCGAGCCCCACCGAGGAAGCUGUGAAGAAGGCCUCCAUCGCUUUUCAGGAGAAAGUUAGCGUGUUUCGAGGAGCUGCGAAUGGUUUCCGAAGUCAUCUGCAGGCGUUGCGAGGGGCCGUGCGCUCCAGGUUGGAAGAUUGUUCCCCGGUCGUCCAGACCCCGCGCCUGAAAAACACCAUCCAGAGUUUGUGGAAGAGGACCACGGCGCGUGCGAACUCGGUCAUCAAGUAUACGUUACAAGUCGCUGAGCGCCUGCCAAGCAUCAUGUUCGCCAACCUCGCGGCGCUGCGUGAGGGAAUCACCCCGGAAAGCCGAGCAGACUUCCGCUUGACAGAUAAAGUCCUCAGCGUGUCUGAAUUGAUGGACACCAUUCAGAGCCGCGCUUCGUCGGUGCGUACAUACAACGCAAAACUAGAAACUGCGAUUAACGAAGUAGUUGCGCCAGGAGGAACAACUAGCGCCGCCGCGCCGCCGACCCCAAGUCUGCUCGGAGGCACUCUGGGUGCCGGCACGGCGACAGGGUUGUUAUUAGGAGCUUCGACGCUCCACGGCGGCUUGACGGGCGGUUCUCUGCCUGGACUGCUGCCCUUCAGCAGCUCCUAUGGAUGGCCGGGUGGCCUUGGAAUGGGAACGGGGACUGCAGGGCUGGGACUGGGUGCGCCGGCAGCUUUCACUUUGAGCGGCGGCCUGUGGGAUGUUGGCGGGACAGGACGGUUGUCUGUCGCGAGCUUGGGGGGGAAUGCCUCCGGCGACCCUCUCACUGGGCGUCCAGCACAGGGCUUGGGACAGACACCACACGAGGGAAUGCUGGUCCCCUCCUGGGCGCCGUCUUCGCCAGUCCAUCCGGCACCAGCAUCAACAGGGCUCCCAGUCAGCGUUGGCGCUGUUGCAGCAGCAGCUGAGAGUCAGCUUCCGGGAGAAGAGGCGUCGCCGAGCACUGGAGACGCAGACUUGUGGUUGCCCCCGGAAACGAAGACUACAGCUGCGUCGGCAUCGGGAACCCAUUCAACCGUUAUCAUGCCGCCUGCGGCCGAAGCAGCCAUUCCCACAGCGAUGCAUGGCUUAGAUUUGUCGCUACGUCGUGUGGAGGAAGACGCUGGGCGAUCAACCGUGACAGAGACGACGGGGCGCCAAUCGCCAGAAGCAGGUGUACUGGAAAGCCCGGAGGCAAGCGACGACGACGCAGGAGAAGGAUCACCGGGCAAACCCGGGAAAUCUAAUCCUAGUGGCAUGGCACGAGACAGCCUGUUUGCAUUUGGGCAACGCUCGGAUACUGAGGAGGACCCUUCCGACGAAAUGAACUGA